UGCAGGCUAGUGUACCGUCUGCAAUUUGUUAGAACGACUUUGCAAUUCGUGUCGGGGAGUGUAGGGCCCAACCUCAAUAUUUAUGUCUUUGAUGUCCCUACAUAUGAGGAGAGUUAUAAGACACAUCUUAUAUAUGAUAUCACAGCUGCAAGUAGGACAUCUCAGGAGGGUAUAUCACACUACCUUAUUAGGAUCUCAAGAUGACUAAGUUGUCGGACCUUUACAGGAAGGAUUUGUCCGGAGAUGCCAUCUUUAUGAUGAGUCUGGUAUCAAGUCAUGGGGCUCCAUCGGCUCAAUUCAACAAUACGACCAAGUAUAAGAUUCACGAUAUCAGGGAUUACAAAGAUGACGGUGGGUCGGGCGCCCGAAUGUUGCUGCAUACGAUGUUGCCAAUAACGGGGAAUGCAAUAAAAGUAUACCUUCCCCAACGUCCACCUCAAUGUCUAGUCGACCACUGGAAGACAACACUGGGCUCGUUUUAUGAGGAACCCGUUUGGACGGAAGAAUAUGGGACGAGCGUGCCACAUCUAAUGCUCUUCCCCGUCGAAGAAUUAGACGCUAAGUUACAAACGGUCGAUCCAGAAGAACAUUAUAAAGUUGCAUCAAAGCUUUUUAUUACUGAGACCGAAUGUCCCCAGCCUAAAGUACUGUCCGAACCAAAGAUUCCAUGCGUCAUGAAAACGUCUCAUGGAUUUGCAGGAUAUGGCACAUUUAUUGUAAAAAGUGAGGAAGAUCUUCACAAGGCGAAAAGCAAGAUUGAGAAAUAUACGCCUGAUGCGGAGCUACUUUACACCGAGUUGAUCGAAGCGGUGUGCAAUUACAGUUGUCAGUUCUACUUAGACAAAGCCGGUAAUGUAACUUGGAUAGGAGCCACAGAAUCAAUGGUUGACUCGGAACAACAGUGGCAAGGUGCCGUCUGGUACAACGAAAAGCAAAAGGCAACCGAAGCAAAACUUCAGGAAAUCGUGAUUCCAGCGAGCAAAGCGUUCAAGAAAAACAACUACUUUGGCCUCGUUGCUAUGGACGUGUUAGAAGACAAAGAUGGUAAACUCUACGCAAUUGAUAUCAACGCUCCAUUUGAUACAGCAACGCCAUUGAUGAUUUUGGCGCGAGAAAUGGGAAGUUGCGGUAUGCCAGUGGCGGUUUUAAAGUACGGUGUCGCAGCGGCGGGCACAGUCGAAGACAUCUUGAAAAAAUCGGAAACGGUGACGGACGGCAAGAUUGUUGUCCUCAGCACAAUUCCACUUGUGCCUAAUAUACUUCAGCUAUGUCAGAUAUGCAUAUUCGCCACAACUCUUGAAAGAGUAAAAGCGAUCAAAGAUGAAUUCUUUCCUGAAAUGGGUGGCCCUCCACCAGGUAUGGGUUCUGGAGGCCCACCUCCGGGUGUAUUGGCUCAAGGUGGACCGCCCCCUGGUGUAAUGACUCAUGGUGGACCGCCUCCGGGUGUAAUGACUCAAGGUGGGCCGCCUCCGGGUGCAAUGACUCAAGGUGGACCGCCUCUGGGUGUAUUGGCUCAAGGUGGACCUCCUCCGGGUGUAUUGGCUCAAGGCGGACCGCCUCCGGGUGCAUUGGCUCAAGCUGGACUACCCCCAGGCGCAACUAAAUUAGAAGUUAAAGCCGAUGCCCUGCCAUCCAAACAACUGAGUCCUUCUGUGAUUAGUCCAAAGAGCCCACCACCAUUUGGAGGUGUACCAUCUCCAUUUACCCAAACCAUACCAGAACUGACGAAAGUUGAGGAGAAAAAUGUUAUCGGAACUCAGGUGACUUUGCUCUGAAUGUUCAAGACCACUAAACAGCUAAACUAUUUUAGGAUGGAUCAAAGUCAUGAACUGGUGUUUUAAGGCCCAUUUAACAUUGUUUAAAAAUGAUGUAAAACUUACUGCAUAGACGUACUUGUAUAGAUAAUAUGCGUUCCUGUUUUUCAAUGGGUUAUUGAAAAUACCAAACAACAUAUAAUAAGAAUGACUGAUUCUUAAUCAAACAAUACUGAAGCAGAAAGUUCCAAAGUUUCAUCGUAAAUAGUUCAUUUAAGAAAAAUAAAAAAUUAUAGUUCAAA